AUGGAAACUUCAGAAAUAGCAGAAUGGUAUAAAGGUCAGCAUGUUCUUGUUACCGGAGCUACUGGGUUCAUGGGGAAGAUAUUGGUAGAAAAAAUACACAGAUCUUGUCCAGAUGUAGCAGCCGUCUACAUGGUAAUCAGAAAUAAGAAGGGCAAAAACUCUACGCAGAGGCUAGAAGAAUUUCUAAACUCUCCAAUUUUUGAUAACGUCAAGCAACAAAUUGACGCAAAAAGUAUUCUGCAAAAACUGAAAUGUAUUAGUGGAGAUAUUACAUUACAAAACUGCGGAAUGUCACCAGAAGAUCAAACAUUUUUAGAAAAAACUAUAACGAGCGUAUUCCACAUGGCAGCAAAUGUAAAAUUCGAUCAACCAAUCAAAUCAGCAAUACUUUUAAAUACAGGUGGUACUUUGAAUGUUCUCGAAUGGUUGUGUAAAUUAGAAAAACUGAAAGUUUUCGUACACGUUUCGACUUCUUAUUGUCAUUGCGACGUUACACAAUUGGAAGAAAAACUGUACGAAGCUCCACAAGAACCAAGAAAAAUGCUGGAUUUAGCCAAUUGGAUGAGCGACGAUCUUUUGGCAGCUUUAGCUCCGACUAUCUUACGUAAAUAUCCUAACAGCUAUGCGUAUACAAAGGGACUAACAGAACAUCUUGUUGCUGAAUAUAAUAAAAAAAUACCCAUUGUCAUCACUAGACCAUCAUUAGUAACUGCUGCUUAUAAAGAACCGAUUCCUGGUUGGAUUGAUAACUUGAAUGGUCCUACGGGAAUAUUAGUAGGAGCAGGUAAAGGAGUGAUAAGGACAAUGCACUGUAAUUUAGAAUAUAAUGCUGAUAUUGUACCUGUUGAUAUGGCUAUUAAUAGUUUGUUAACUGUUGCGUGGAAGGUUGGUAAAGAGCCGAAGAAAAAUGAAGUGGAAGUUUAUAAUAUCACAGCUAAUAGGGAUGAUAUAUUGAAAUGGGGGGAAGCUUUAGAAAUAUGCAGAAAGCACGUAUACGAUUAUCCAUUCAGUGUGUGUCUUUGGUAUCCUGGAGGAAGCGCUAAAUCAAAUUAUUUCGUACACUGCAUAGCCGCCUUCUUUUUCCACAUAAUUCCUGCUUAUUUCGUAGAUUUUCUGAUGACUUUAACCGGCAAUAAACCUUUUAUGAUUCGUAUUCAAAAGAGAGUUAGUCAAGGACUGAAAUUAUUACAAUAUUACACAACGAGACCCUGGUACUUCCACAACGAUAAAUUGACGAGGAUUUACGAGUCUUUGAAUGAAACAGAUCAACAGAUAUUCUACAGUAAUCGACAAAAGAUAGAUUAUAAUAAAUAUUUUUUAAAUUACAUAUUGGCUACUAGAAAAUAUUGUGUUAAAGAGGAUCCUUCCACUCUUCCUCACGCUAGAAAGGUUCUUAGAAGGUUAUAUUAUUUGGACGUUGCGAAGAAUAUUCUUUUAUAUGGAUUACUGUUAUGGCUCUUCUAUGUAUUUGUAUCAAAAUUUCUUGUAGAUGAUAGAAAUUCUUUGUUUUAA